GUGUGUACUCUAGGAUUUUGAUAACACCAGUUUGCUUACAGACCUUAUGUUGUUCAUAUUUCUACUAAAAGAAGGCGACUUGUGUGAGGAGAGAUUGGAGAGGCGACUCAUGUAUGCGUGGGAACUUGGCACUUUGGGCUGUUUAUCAGGUGAAGCACUCCUGAUUUGUGGGCCAGGGCAUGUUGAUGGUGGGUCUAACCUGAUGACAGGCCUGGAUCUAGAACACGAGUGAUAAGUUGUUUCGCAUAUUCAUGGCACAAGAAGCAUGAGUUGACAACUAUUCUUUAGUCGGGGAGAACAGAAUAAACGUCUUUCAGGAUGGUUCGAGAGAAGGACGUGUGUUGGGAAUAUGCCGAGAAGUUAGAAGGAAACAAGGUCAAAUGCAAAUUUUGCCUUAGAAUUUUGAAUGGGGGGAUCAGUAGGUUGAAGCAUCAUCUAUCUCGAUUACCAAGUAAAGGCGUUCAUCCGUGUAGCAAAGUAAGAGAUGAUGUUACUGACAAGGUGAGAGCUAUAAUAGCAAUGAAGGAGGAAGGUAAAGAAGCCGCUAGUGCUAAAAAACAACGAUUAGCUGAAUCCAAAUCUCCAGGAAAUAUUUCAGCUAUUAAAGCUCUUACAUCCAUAGAGAUGACACCUCCAAUUAUGAAAAUUUUUCCGUCUGGCCCAACAGUUGUGCCCCAGCCUUCAUCUGAUAGAGAAAGUGCGGAGAGAAGCAUUGCUCUAUUCUUCUUCGAAAAUAAGUUGGAUUCCAGUGCCGCACGGUCUUCUUCCUAUCAGCAGAUGAUAGAGGCGGUCUCAAAGUGUGGCCAAGGUUUCAGGGGCCCUUCAUCGGAAGCUUUGAGGACCACGUGGUUGCAAAGAAUUAAAUCUGAAGUCAUUCUGCAAUCAAGGGAAAUGGAGAAAGAAUGGUCGAUAACAGGUUGUACGAUCAUUGCAGAUACAUGGACUGAUAAUAAAUCGAGGGCCUUAAUAAACUUCUUGGUUUCAUCACCUUCUGGAACCUUUUUCCACAAAUCCGUUGAUGCAUCUAUGUACUUCAAGAACACGAAAUGCCUGUCUGACUUAUUCGACUCAGUUAUUCAAGAUUGUGGCCCGGAAAAUGUUGUUCAAGUAAUCACAGAUAAUGCCUUGAACUAUGUUGGUGUAGGAAAUCACAUCUUGCAGAACUACAGUACGAUCUUCUGGUCACCUUGUGCUUCUCAUUGCUUGAAUUUGAUCUUGGAAGAUUUUUGCAAGAUUGAUUGGGUGCACAGAUGCAUCUCACAAGCACAAUCUGUUUCCAGGUUCAUUUACAAUCACAUGUGGAUACUUGAUCUAAUGAGAAAAUUCACAGGGGGACAAGAAGUUGUCCGCACAAGUAUUACAAAGGCUGCUUCCAACUUCCUCUCCUUGCAGUCAUUGUUGAGGAAUAGGUCGAGGUUACGGCACAUGUUCAAUAGUCCGGAAUAUUCAUCUUCCUCAUAUGCCAACAAAACUCAAAGCAUAUCUUGUAUCGACAUCCUUGAGGAUAACAAUUUCUGGAGAGUUGUUGAAGAAAUAGUAGCUGUUUCGGAGCCUUUACUAAAAGUACUGAGGGAUGUUGCUGGAGGAAAGCCGGCUGUCGGAUCAAUUUAUGAAUCUAUGACCAAGGCCAAGGAAUCUAUCAGGACAUACUACAUAAUGGAUGAGAACAAGUGCAAGUUGUUCUUGGACAUAGUUGACGGGAGGUGGCGGAAUGAGCUCCACUUACCUCUCCAUUCCGCAGCGGCAUUUUUGAAUCCCAGUAUCCAAUACAAUCAGGAUAGUAAAUUCCUUGCACACAUAAAGGAAGAGUUCCUUACCGUUCUGGAAAAGCUACUGCCAACGCCGGAAUUGAGACAUGACAUUACUGGACAGAUCUUUGCAUUUAAAAAAGCACAAGGGAUGUUUGGCUGUAGCAUAGCUAGGGAGUCCCGUAACACAAUCCCACCAGGGAUAUGGUGGGAUGAAUAUGGCGAUUCAGCGCCGGGGUUGCAACGGGUUGCUAUUAGAAUACUUAGCCAAGUUUGCAGCGCUUCUACUUUUGAGAGGAACUGGAGCACCUUUCAGCAGAUUCACUCUGAAAAGCGCAAUAGGCUGGAUAAAGAGACAUUGAAUGACCUUCUAUACAUAAGUUACAAUCUCAAGUUGGCAAACCGUGUGAAAGGAAAGCCUGCGGACAUUGAUCCUAUUAUUGUUGAGGACGUAGAUAUGACUUCGGAUUGGGUGGAGGAGACUGAAAACCCUAACCCAACCCAGUGGCUUGAUCGGUUUGGUCCCACUUUAGAUGGUGGAGAUUUGAAUACAAGGCAAUUUAACAGCACCAUCUUUAGUUCAAAUGAUCAUAUAUUUGGGUUGUGAUUGUUUGCACCUUUUAGCACCUCAUCUUUACCAUGUGGACGUUAAUGCUUGAUUGGUGAUAGCCUUUCUAUAGAUUUUUAUUUCUUCAACAAGUUCAACAGUUUGUUUUCUUAUGAAAUGUGUAGCAUUAUCUCAUUAUUAAUAAUUUUUACCCUUUCUGUAAAAAGAAAAAGCAUGAAGCACGUGCAUUGAAUUCUAAUUUUGGGCACAGUGGUUUCUAGUUUUCUAA